GCCGCCGGCGGUAUUUUGCCCUUGGUGUUGGUGGCGCUUUGGCAUUUGGCUGCUUAGACGAGGGCUUCCGACGCUGCCUUGAAUUUUGGGUCGUCGUUUUCCCGCUGUGGUGCCAUUACUUUUGGGUAGACAAGGUUUCUCAUCCAAAAGGUGGGCCAAAGGGUGAUGAGGCGCGAGACAAUGAAUUCAGCAAACUUCAUGCACGUUAUUCUCCAAUCAUCCGCAGUGCCACCUUGUACAUGCGGGGCUUUUACCUGAAAGCGGCGCAGCUCGUGUCCACUCGGGAUGAUUUUCUGCCCGAGAUUUACUUGGAGUGGUUGAGAAAGCUGCAAGACGAGGUUCCCAUGACGUUGACGUCAGAGGAAGCGAAACGUGUCAUUGCUCAGGAACUCAAGCUAGCCGAUGUGGAAACUGUGCUUACCGACUGGCAAGAUGAUCCAAUCGGGACCGCGUCCAUUGGGCAGGUCUACAAGGCCCGCUUGAAGUCCACCGGCGAGGAAGUUGCCAUCAAGGUGCAGGUUCCCAAAGCGGAGAGGAUGUUCCGUGCUGACAUCGCCUGUUUGAAGAUGUUUACCUACAUGGCCAUCCCCUGGGCCUACGAGAACAUGAAAGAGAUCGAGAAGCUUUUCGAGACGGAGUUUGAUUACACGGAGGAGUUUCGAAACUUGGAAGCCAUGCGAACGAAUUUGUUGCCGUCAUGGGGGCACAAGAUAUACAUCCCAAGGCCGAUUCCGGAGCUCUGCUCGCGGCGUGUCCUGGGCAUGGAGCUGUUGAAGGGUGAGAAGUUCAUCACGGCUGUAAGAAGACGUUUGAAGCCGCUGGCCGAGCGAAGAGGAAUCACAGUUGAGGAGUACGAGCAGGAGCAGCUCGAGGCCUUGCGAACCGGGAGGCGGAAAGCCGAAAGCGCAGCCUGGCUUCACUUCAAGAUAAGCAUCUGGCGAUUCUGGCGAAGACUGUGCGGCGCGCCGGCAGACAUGGAGCCCAUUGACGUUGGAGGCAUUUUUGAAAUGCUGAUGUCCAUCCAUGGCCAGCAAGUCAUACAAGAUGGAUGUUUCAAUGCUGACCCGCACCCUGGCAACAUCCUCAUGCUGGAAGACGGCAAAACGCUUGGCCUCAUUGACUUCGGGCAAGUGAUGUAUGUUCCAGUUGAAUUCCGCCUCAAGCUAGCCAGACUGAUGGUAGCACUGUCGCGCCGUAACCCCUCCGAUGUGGCACGGUAUGAAAGUGAAAUCGGUGUGAAAAGAAAGUAUUACAAAGAAGAUGUGCAGUAUCGCAUUUGCUCUUUCUGGCUGGACCGAGAUGACGAGGAGAUCACGCAGGGCCGCAACAUUUUCGAUCUGAUGGUAUGGGGAGAAUCAGAGGAGCCAUGUAAACCUGCCAGUGGUUUUGUAUUGAUGGUAAUGCUGCUUGUGUAG